CAGUACACAAACUUUAUUUGCUCUUCAUAUUAUUGGUUUAAAUAUUUGUAUAUUGAUGAGUGCAACAAACUUACUUCAUUUGCCCAUAAAGUAAAACAAACAAACAACAACAACAACAAAUUAUUUCAAUGAACCAUUAGAUUUCUCAAUUUCACUCUCCCUUUUAUCUUAACAGAAAAUACAAAUUUUGUUUUUACUAUAAAGACAUAUUAUUUGUUAUUUAUUUCAUAUAGUAACAUGUUAAAUCAUCAUAGUUAACAAUCAUCAUUACUUCAAGUUUAUCAUGAUGUCAACUAAUCUAUAUGUAAUCAUGUAUGUAUCUCAUUGUGUAUACACAUGUCAUAAGUCAUUUUUUGAGGAUAUUAUAUAAGUUUUUUUCUUCUUCUAAAAACAUUAACAAAACAAAUGAAUGGUAACUUUUAACUAAGUAACUUGGAUAUAUAAAAUACAUUUAUUUAUAGUAUUUUUAUUCUUCAAUUAAAUAAUCAUCAUGACAAUUAAUAUGAUAUAAUAAUAAAUUUGAUUAUUCAAUUGAACAAAGUUCAUCUUUAUUGAUUUUGUUUAAGUUGAGAAUAGUGUAAAAUAAUACACAAUCACUCUAUCUCAUAUAUACAUACACAUAUAUUCUUCAAUGUUCAUUUAUGAUAUCAGUUCAUUUUACGUGAACUAUUGAAUUGUGUAUUAGAAUUUAACGAAUAAUUCAUUCAAUCGAUUUAUAACCAAUUAUUCAUUGAUUUUAGCCAUUCUCUUUGAAUGGCACUAACAAGUGUUGUAACUCCUUAUAAAGUCGGAAUGUCAGGUGAUAUCAUACCAAAUAAUUUCGAUAUGAUACCUUAUUCCACUUUUCAUACAACUUUAUUACCACAUCCAAAUCCAUUAGGACCUGGAAAUUUAUCAAAUCUUUCAACAGGUUUAAUGCUUACAGCACAUCAACCAACUGGACAAAAUCCUUAUUGUCCACCAAUAACUCUAACUAAUGGAUAUUAUACAAAUGUUAGUUAUCCACAUAAUGCAGAAUCAUUUUGUUAUGUACAACCAAAUGAUGCUAAUUCAAUAUUAAAUGCAUAUCAUACAUAUCCUACAUCAAUAAAUUUACCAUUACAUGCAACCAAUAUAACAUGUGAUAAGUUAUAUACAUCUAAUAAUCAUAUAAAUAAUAACAAUAAUAAUAAUAACAAUCAUAAUCAUAUUACUGCACAGAAUCCAUUACUUUCAACAAUAAAUACAAAUCAUAUUACUAUAAAUAAUAAUUAUAAUGAUAAAAAUGAAUUAAGUAAAAGAUUAGAAAUGAUAGCAGUUGAAAAAUCUAAUACUUUAUUAGAUGAAUCAUCAUCAAAAGGAAUAAUUGAUAAAUCAACUAUAUUAUCAUCAUUGUCAUCUUCAUCUACAUCAACAACUACAACAAUUAAUACACAUGGUGAAAAUGAAAAUAUUCAACAGAAUACAUCAUUAUUGGUAUUACGAUUAUUGAUGUCUGGAAAAGAAGUUGGCAGUAUUAUCGGCAAAAGAGGAGAAAAUGUGAGAAAAUAUAGAGAGGAAAGUGGAGCCAGAAUUAAUAUAUCAGAUGGAUCUAGUCCAGAAAGAAUUGUCACAAUAACUGGAACAACAGAACAAAUUUAUGUUGCAUUUACACUAAUGAGUCGUAAAUUUGAAGAUGAUUUUACACAAGGUUUAUUACGAAUGGGUGAUGAAACGGUCAAUUGUCCUCCAGUGACCAUACGUUUAUUGGUUCCAGUAGCUCAAUGCGGUUCAAUAAUUGGUAAAGGAGGAUCCAAGAUUAAAGAUGUUCGUGAGUUAACUGGUGCAUCAAUUCAAGUUGCUAGUGAAGCUUUACCAACAUCCACAGAAAGAACAGUUACAAUAUCAGGUUCAGCGGAUGCAAUUUCCAAAUGUAUUCGAUUAUUGUGUGAUAUAUUUUUAGAGUGCCCAAAUAAAGGUCCGGUCAUUCUUUAUCGACCAAAACCCGUGAUUGGUAAUCCAGGAUUAAUAUGUCCUGCCACUACAUUUUCAUCUGGUUUACUUCAUUCAAACUUGUCUGGACUUCCACUUUCAGUGUGCGAGAAUUCACAUGAAUCAGGAUAUACUACACCAAUGUUAACAUCAGCCUCGUUAUUAUCAAACGAAGUGAAUUCUGUUAGUCCAACUACUUUAAAUAGAACUUAUACAAAUCAAUUUGGGAUACCAUCUGGUAUUUUAUCUGGAGGAAAUGGAGUAUCUGGUUCAUGUAAUGUUGGAUGUGGUGUUAAUAAUACAUCUAUUGUACCUAAUCUACCUACAGCAAAUACUAUUCAAUCUCCUCUAACAGUAAUUGGUUCUGGUCGACCAGUUAAUCAAAUGUCAGAUCUCAUUUCAGAUCAAGUUCAUUUGUUUGCUACAUUGAAUCAAUUAGAUUUAGCUAACUUUCAAUCAUAUUUUUCAUCGAUUUUGGCUCCAUUACCAAAUACAAAUCCAAUUGCAACUGGGAUGCAUUCCAUUGGACAACCUUUGAACAUGCCAGAAAUAGCUCUUACUCCUGGUAUACUUGGUUGUUACCCAAAUCCAACAGCUGCUGCUUUACCAAUUGUUGGUUCACCUAAUAACUAUAUGUUUUCUUCACCUACAGCUCUUCUUAAAAUAUCAAAUAGACUGCCUGAAGAUCAAUUUACAACAUCAACAUCUAACAGUCUUAGUGAUAUAAUUGUUAAUCAAUCUGAUAUAUGCAUGAAUAAUAAUAGUAACAAUGCCUCGCCAAAUAAUUUAUCCAUCUGUAAUGGUUCAUUACCUAUUGACUCAAAUAAUAAUUAUACAUCACUUUCAACUCCAAUAGAUCCCAUAAAAUCAAUUUGUGGUCUACAAAAUACAGCAUCUUUACUUGGUCUUCCAUCCCUGUCAAUCAAUACAAUUUUAAAUCCUCAACAACAAAAUUCAUUAUUCUCUUUGGCUAAUACAGAAGAGAGUAUUAUUGUCCGAGAGAUGAUUAUUUCUAAUGAUGUAAUCGGUUGUAUUAUUGGACGUGGUGGUACAACAAUCAAUGAAAUUAGAAACGCAUCUAAAGCACAAAUCAAAAUAUCCAACUGUGAAGAUGGUGCAAAAGAAAGAAAAAUAACAGUUUCUGGAAAGUUGGAUUCAGUAAAUUUAGCUCAGUUCCUUAUAAACAGCAGUAUUGCAAUACAUCGUGAAAUGUGGGCAUUUAAUGUACAAUUAGCCUCAGCUGCAACUGCUUUAAUGACUAAAAAUAAUUUAAUUAUUCAUUCAUUUAAUAAACAUAUUGAAAAUAAUAAUAAAAUAUAUUUAUCACCAUUGAAAAAUACAUGUGAACAUAUGGAUUAUAGUUUAAUGGAAUCAAAUAUACCAAUGAAUACUACAAAUACAUCAUAUAUGAAUUCAUCAUUAUCAUCAUUAUUAUUAUUAAAAGAACAUUUAUCAUCAAAUUUAAAUGAACAAACAAUGAAUUAUUUUCAACCAAUUUAUGAAGAUGAUAAUCAAUUAAAUUUAAAAUUGAAAUCUACUCAUCGGUUGACAAGGAGAUCAAGAAUAAUACCAUAUUAA